GCCUCUGUCCCCAUCCUGUACUGUGAGAGGCUUCUCCACCUCGCCCCUUGCUCGCUCCUCUCCAGCUACCGCCUGAUACCAGCACCUGCACCGCAGUGCUGGUCACGUGAGCGAGGACAGUCGGUUCACCAACCCUGCGACCCCACCCCUCUGGAGGGCACGUGUCACGCGCACGUAACGAGCGCGUCCCCGCAGCCCCGCGUCAGUGGCUCGUUCAAACUGGGAGCGCUGAAAACUUGCGAUUAUGGCACAGGCUCAAGGCUUUGGGAGGAAAUACAUUAAAGCCUUUUUUAAAGGCUUCUUUGUUGCUGUUCCUGUGACAGUCACUUUUCUAGAUAGAGUGGCCUGUGUAGCAAGAGUGGAAGGAGCAUCAAUGCAGCCUUCCUUGAAUCCAGGGGAAAGACAGGUGUCUGAUGUAGUGCUUUUAAACCAUUGGAGUAUUAGAAAUUAUGAAGUGCAACGUGGAGACAUUGUGUCAUUAGUAUUCGAUGACACCAACCCCACAUACCAAGAAAUCUGUUAUCUACAGUCAGACACUCAGAUACCCCAAAAUGUGCUCCAAAGAGAGAGUCUGGGAUACCUAAAAACACUUAAAAUUGCCUUCACUAAACAAAGAUACCCCACCAGAGAAGAAGAUUGCAUCAUUGAAUGGGCCAUGCAAAUACCCCAGGAGAAUCUGCUUCAAUAUAGGAGGUGGAAACCACCGUAACUGCACGAUCCUAGUUAUCACCUGCCACCCUACACCAGAACCCAUCAUCAAAAAAUUACAACCCAGACUUGAUAGGGGACCAUAUGCUGAAAGAAAUCUCUUCUGGGCUUCAAUUAACCCCCCAACCUCUCCAAGUUCAUCAUCAGAAAGAACCUCCUCAUAGACCAGGAGACCUGAACUCAAAGUUGCACCCAGACCCUGCUAGAACAACAGAUUCAAAACCUACAGACAUAUGUGCACUGCUAUGAUGAUCAAUACCCCUCAAAAAAAAACCUUUCAAGAUCCAUGGGUUAUACAUAUACCUAUCUCAACAUGUGCUGUACCUCAUCCAGUGCAUCAUAUGCCCCAAAAACUAUGUGGGUGAAACCAGACCAUCACUAUGCUCUUGAAUGAACUCUUACAGAAUAAUAAUUAAAGAGAAAAACAUACUAUCACACAUGGGCAAACCCUUUUCACAAAGUGAUCAUUCUAUAUGUGAACAAUAUGUGUAGAUGUAAAGUGGGCUUUGUCAUCUUCAUAAGAAAAAUUUUUAAGUAACUCCCUACACAAAAUUAUAGAAAUGUUGUUGUUGAAGUGAAUUGUAUACUUACUCUAAAAUCUUCAUUCAGAAAAGUCUCUAGGGAAAAGAUGAAGUUGGAAAUGUUUUGAAGCUUUUGCUUAUUUCUUAAAUGUUGAAAUGGCAAAACACUCUUGUGAAAUUCAUUCUUACAAAUAUGUUAGCUAAUGCAAAGCUUCAAAUAUAAUUUCCUAAUACCAUUGCUAUGUAAAUGGUAAAAUACAUCAGGUAUCUACUUGGAAUAUAAUAACCUUGCUAAACUAAUAGCCAUUAAAGUAUAGAAAAUUUGUCAAUAGAAAAUUAAUUACUGGCGUUGCUCAAGCAACUCCUUCACCCAACUCAGGAAGACAAGAAGAAUCAUCUUUCCAAAAAUUAUCAUGUAGAAUCAACAACUUAUUUAAUAACUAUUUAAUCUAAAGACUCUCUUUAAGAAUUAUUUAAUUUUAAAAUAUAGUUUUAAAAACUAAAACACGUCUAUACAAAGAACUGUAGUAUUUUGGCUUUUCUCAAAACAAUUUCAUUCUUGUCAAACUAAUAAAAUUGAAGGAAUAUCUCAGAGAAUGGGCUGAAUGAAAAGGAAGAUAAAACAAACUUUAAAAGUGAUUUUAAUACUUUUCUGCCACAAAAUGAAUAAAGGCAAGUAGAAGAGGGUUUCAUACUCAUUAGGCAGACUGAAUAUGUUACCUAAGCAAACCACUAAAGUGUGAGGUCAAUGAAAAAGUGACAGCAUCCAACCUGAAUCUAAACAAGCCUGAAAGAGAUGUGUUUUCCUAUACUUUCCUGGAAACAGGAAAGAGAAGAAGUAUUAAAAAAAAAAUUUGAAGUGAGCACCCCCAUACAGACCCCCAACCCUUUGCUAUCCUGCUUAAACAGUACUCAUCAACUUAUCCUGCCUACCAGUACAAGCAAGCUGCCACCACUAGGAUGACCAGAUGUCCCAAUUUUACAGGGACAGUCCUGGCUUUUGGGACUUUUUCUUAUAUAGGCUCCUAUUACCCCCCACUCCCUGUCCUGAUUUUUCACAUUUGCUGUCUGGUCACCCUAGCCACAACAGAUAACAAAAACAGAGAAGACUCAAGAAGAAACCAGCCCAAGGAAAACCUCCCCAAGCCUUAAACAUGGAUUUGUAAAAGAAAGUUACCUAAAAUGCUGCCAAGGUAUUAGAUUUAAAACUUUUGCCAUGACUUUAUUGGGAUAUGGAAAUGUUGUUAUAACUCAAAAUAUUAACAGUUUCUCCUAUUAAUCACCAAAUGGUUCAACCAUGUAUUCCCGGAGAUAAGACAAAGGCUAAAUAUUGGUAAACCGAGAGAUAAGGGGAUUUAAUUAAAAUUCAUAAUUGGCCUGUCUCAAAGACAACUCCUUAUAUGGUUUCGUCUAAGUAACUGAUUUCUUUUAUUUUAUUUCAUAGAAUUUAGUUAAGAUUGCUUACUUUACCUGAUUAUAAAUUGUCUCAU